AUGCGAUCUCAGAUCGUCCUCGUCGCCCUGGUUGGCUCCAUCGUCGAGCUAUCUCUGGCUGCUCCAUCAGCUCCGCCCGCUCGCAAUGGAGAACGUGAAGAGAUGUCGGGCGUGCUGGGCAACAUUGAGGUGGAUAUCAACCACAUCGACGACCUGACUGGCCAAUCAACCGGAACAGACAUCUUUGUACGUGAUCCGUCCCACAUCGUCUGGCCGGCGACUGAUCGAAGUGAUUCUCUAGAGCAACCUCCUGAAUGACUUCAAGCUCAUCAAGGCGGUGGCGGCUCCGAAUGAUAUCUUCGCUGCUAGGCGUCAGUUAUCAGACAUCCUCCUCGGUAAGACUGGCCUGGCAACAAGGGUCAUCGAGAGUCUUCGCUAACAAGGACAACAGCAAAGCCGAGAAACAUCGUCCAAGCUGCUAGCGAGCUAGUGGCGGCGGGAUUGACCGCAGACAAUGUCGAGUCCGCCGUCAACUUCCUGGAGGGAGCACUGGAUGGCGAGAACAGUGAGAACAAUGUCAACCCCGGGCUCCAUUUCGGGGCCGUCUACCCCCAGGAAGGUCGUGAGGAUGCUCCUUACGACCUCUCGGAAGCACGACUUCGUGGUGCCAUUCACAUCCCACCGACAUUCCGAUACGGUGCCUCUGGUGCCCCGCAGCCGGUCAUUCUCGUGCCUGGAACAGGGAACACUGGCUAUAUCACUUUCGAGGGCAAUUACAUCAAGCUUCUCACCGGCUCGGACAUUGCCGACCCCGUGUGGCUCAAUAUUCCGGGUUUUCUGAACGACGACGUGCAGACGAAUGCCGAGUAUGUCGCCUACGCUAUCAACUACAUCAGUCGAAUCAGCAACAACCGUGAGGUCGCAGUGGUCACAUGGAGCCAAGGAGGCGUCGAUGCGCAGUGGGCUCUCAAAUACUGGCCGUCGACUCGGGACAAGGUGACCGACGUGGUCGCCUUCUCUCCCGAUUACAAGGGCACCAUCAACGCCAACUUCGCCGAGACGCCCGAAACCCCCUUGCCGCCAGCGUACUUGCAACAGGAAUACUACUCCAACCUGGUCAGGGCCCUGCGCUCCAACGGCGGCGACUCGGCCUAUGUCCCCACCACGACGAUCUAUUCCGGCUUUUUCGACGAGAUCGUCGAGCCACAGCAAGGCCAGAAUGCAUCCGCAUACCUCUUCGACGCGCGAGACGUCGGCGUCACGAACAACGAAGUACAAGCCAUCUGCCCCGGCCAGCCAGCCGGCUCCUUUUACUCUCACGAAGGCACCCUGUACAACCCCAUCGGGUACGCCCUCCUCGUCGACGCCCUGCAGCACGACGGUCCGGGACGGGUCUCGAGGGUCGAUGCCAAGCUCGAGACGCUCUGCGGCGACUAUCUCACGCCCGGCUUGGACCUGGCCGAUUUCCUCGUGACGGAGAACACGCUCUUGGUCGCCGCCGUGACGUUGUUGUUGAAUCCACAUAAGGCGACCGUCGAGCCUGCUAUCAAAGGUGAGUCUUCCCUUGCGCUGUUUACCCCCCUCUGAUGCGUUUUGCCCCGGUGACUGACUGACUGACUUUCUCUUGCAGCGUAUGCGGAGUACUGA